CUCUCAUUCAUAGAGCGGCCAGCGGGCGCAGCAGCAGCGCGGGAGCCUGUAGCAGAGCAGCAGAGCACUGUCCCGGGGACAAGCACAACUUCCCAGCCACAGCUGCACAACUUCUCCCCACUCCCCAGCUGGCAGCAAGUUGGUGGGGAUGGCAGCAGCAGGAGCUCUCAUAGGACAUUCCUCCUGACCCAGGGAGAGUUACACCACCACCACCUCCAGUUCUUGUGUCUGUGUGUAACCCCUAAAACCACAGAGCAAGCCACAAGAGCCACCAACCUCCCACCCACCCCCCAAAAAAACCUCACAGCACCAACAAGGAGAUCCUGGGAGGACCUCACUGGCCACCUCUGGAUGGGAGAAGCCACCUGAGAUGCCUGCAAGAACUUGACACAUGAUAACUACUGAUCACCUGUAAUUGCCCCAGAGCAGGGAGGGUGCCCUGGAUGGUGUGCAGGGUCUGUGUGUGCACCUAGCUGGGGACACAGUGGCCACUGACAGAUCCUCACCCCCUGAGAGGUUACCCAUCUGCUGCUGCUGCCGCCAGGGGGGCACGGCUACUGCUCUGCGGAUAGGGGACACGGAUGUAUCUGCUCUUCUACUGGGACUUUAGAAAGAUCACCUGGAAGAAGCUGCUGGGGGGGCUGCCCCUUGUCUAGUGCCCCCUAGGGACAGAGUUUGGUGACUUGUCAGAAAGUUUGGAGGCAGAGCCCAGUAAUUGCUUCCCCUUGUGCCCCUGCUGUUACCACCCUGUGCCCACCUCUGGGUGCCCACUGCUGUUACCUCUGUACCCACUGCUGUUACCCCCGUGUGCCCACCUCUGGGUGCCCACUGCUUAUACUACCCCCUGUUGAGAGGCUGCACUGACUCACCAGGCUUGUUGUGAUGCGUAUCCCCGUAGAUACCAGCACCAGCCGCCGCUUCACGCCGCCCUCCACCACCCUGAGCCCGGGGAAGAUGAGCACCGAGUCCCUGACGCUGAGCGGUCCGGAUGGCAGCAGCGCCGCCCUGGUGGGCAAGCUGAGGAGCGCAGACCGGAACAUGGUGGAGGUCCUGUCCGAUCACCCCGGAGAGCUGGUCCGCACAGACAGCCCCAACUUCCUCUGCUCCGUGCUGCCCACACACUGGAGGUGCAACAAGACCCUGCCCAUCGCCUUCAAGGUGGUGGCGCUAGGGGAUGUUCCGGACGGAACACUGGUGACGGUGAUGGCGGGCAAUGAUGAGAAUUAUUCGGCAGAGCUUCGCAAUGCCACAGCGGCGAUGAAGAGCCAGGUGGCCCGGUUUAAUGACCUGAGAUUCGUUGGAAGAUCUGGAAGAGGGAAAAGCUUCACACUAACCAUCACCGUCUUCACCAACCCCCCGCAAGUGGCCACCUACCACCGAGCCAUUAAAAUCACAGUGGACGGGCCUCGAGAACCCAGACGACAUCGCCAGAAAUUAGACGAGCAGACUAAGCCUGGCAGCUUGUCGUUUUCUGAGCGGCUGAGCGAACUGGAACAGUUACGGCGGACAGCGAUGAGAGUCAGCCCACACCACCCAGCUCCCACCCCCAACUCACGCGGAGCUCUGAACCACUCCACCGCGUUCAAUCCUCAAGCGCAGAGUCAGAUACAGGACACAAGACAAGUUCAGACAUCUCCUUCUUGGUCAUAUGACCAGUCGUAUCCAUACCUUGGGUCCAUCGCUGCCCCGUCUGUGCACCCAGCCACUCCCAUCUCACCUGGCCGCGCCAACGGUAUGACGUCUCUCAGUGCCGAGCUCUCCAGUCGCUUAUCAGGUGCCUCAGACCUGACAGCCUUUAGCGACCCUCGAGUUGGCAUUGAUCGUCAGUUCUCCACCCUCCCAUCAAUUUCAGAUCCACGUAUGCACUAUCCAGGGGCUUUUACUUACACCCCAACGCCAGUCACUUCAGGAAUUGGAAUCGGCAUGUCAGCCAUGACCACUGCAACAAGGUACCACACCUACUUACCGCCUCCAUAUCCAGGAUCUUCUCAGGCUCAAGGAGGCCCCUUCCAGACCAGCUCCCCGUCAUACCAUCUGUAUUACGGAACGUCGGCUGGGUCCUACCAGUUUUCCAUGAUGUCCGGAGGAGACCGGUCACCACCUCGCAUCCUUCCUCCUUGCACUAAUGCUUCUACAGGGUCCACUCUCCUAAACCCAAAUCUUCCAAACCAAAACGACGUGGUAGAGACAGAAGGGAGCCACAGCAAUUCACCAACCAACAUGGGCACCACGCCAAGGUUGGAGGAGGCCGUAUGGAGGCCAUAUUGAGUGGGGGGACUGACAGGUCAAGUCUUAUGAAGUCUACACGUGAAUACAGUAUACAGACGCGCGCUGAAGGUUCCCAGCUAAGGACUACGGACUUGCCUGAGUUUAUAAACUUCAGCAGUGACAUUGUGCAGUUUUAUUGUACAAUUCCAAUACAGAAUUUGGAAGGAACACGGAAAAGUAUCUCAUGGUGGCAUCCAAAUAUGUUCCUUUAGACUUGAGGAAAAUAAGGAGAUGUAAAGGGUUGACUGUUUUUAUCCUCACCCUAAAUUAUUUGAACAUUUCCACGGCAUUCAUGUGGGCGACUGAGUUAUAUAUGAGUUGUGUACAUUAGUGGUUACCCGGGGUAACACAAGCAGCCCCAUCCUCGUUGCAUACUUUGUAUGCUACAAAACUUGUUUGUCCGGUUUUUAUUUGCUCUUCAGCCUUUUUCAUGCUUUAUUUUGAUUUUAUAUCUUACAGAUAUAAUUGAAUUUUUGUUUUUUACAUAAACUUGUAAUAUUUCAUGUUUUUUGGGUUUUUUAAAAUAUCAGGCGAUGACUUGUAAUUAUUUGAAUAAUAACUCCCCUUUGGAGAAGUUCCUGUUUUAUUUAAAUAUGUAUAGUAUUCAGGUUUUUUUUUUAUUGUUUGUAUUAUCCCAGUUGUACAAGAAUAUUGUUUACAUUUCCAUUUUUAUUUUGGAGAAUUUAUUUGUACUGAAAUAGUUUUUUUUGUCGGCCCUCAAAUGACUUGCCGAGCCAGAUGAUUACAGGUAGCCCAACGGAUACAAUGUUACAGCGGCUAAUAUAUAUGUUUUAGCCAUUCAUACUCAUUCUCUGUUCUGUACAGUGAUACCACUGGUGGUAAUGCUAGUCACACACAAAAUCCCCAGAAUUCGUCAUUCUUCCUCCUAUGGAAAG